CAUGUCAUAUUAAUAAUAAUAUUAUUAUUCCUAUUUUGUCGGUGUUUUGGUUGGAAAUAGUAAAUAAUUAAUUUCUGCGCAAUGUCUUGAUUUUAUUGAGUAUUGUUCAGAAUUCUACUGCAAUGGAUCAAUCUGAUAUUGGGUUAAAUCUGUAUUGUUUUGGCUGUUUAGCUGGGAAGGAAGACAAGUCAUUUUAUUGCUUAGAUCUACAGAAUUCAGUUUUGAAAACAGUUAUACAGGCCGAAUGUCUCUUCCUCUGCUACCUCUGCAAGCGGGCCGCGCAAAAAGCAGAGUUGUUCAUACAAAAUGUCCAAAGUAACCAUAUUCUGCUUCAGAAUAUACAUAGGAUGGAAACAGCUACUCUACAAUCAGCUCGGACACGAACCCGCGCUCCGUACCUGCUGUCUCCGGUGUCCCUGGAUAUCAUCGAGUUAGGAACCGAAUCAACCCAGGAGGUGGUUAGGAGGAACCUUGGCCAUGACAACCGGCUGAACGUCAAACUAGAGAUGAAGGAAGAGAGAGUACCGGAUAAUUAUCAAGAUGAUAACAACAGCCAAGAGUCAUUUGUAAAAGAAGGCUUACCUCUAAAAGUAUUAUUAAAGGAAGAGAAAGAAACGGUACAAGUGGAAGAAAGCCCCAAGAAAACUCCCAGAAAAUACAAGAAGAGAAAGAAGAAUGAUGUAGAAGAUGAGUUAGCUAUAAUACCCUUCGAAAUAACCCGAGAGCAAUGCUUCGAGGAGCGCGCGCGCAUGGCGCUCGACCAGCGUUACCUGGCCUCCACGUACAAGUGCACAGACUGCGUCAAAGGGUUCAACUAUAAGGACAGCUUUGAUAAACACAUGGAGAAACAUAGUGAAAGCAACGGCAACUAUGAAUGCGAUGUGUGCAAGCAGAGAAUGAGUACAGAAGAUAAGCUAAACGGCCACAAGAAAUACCAUGAAAAGCGCUACCGUUGCCCCGUAUGCGGCAUGACCCGCGCCAGUCGGGUGCUGGUCAAGGACCACUACUCGGCCUUCCACUCCUCGCGUCAGAUCAGACACAACUGCCCGCACUGCGACAAGACAUUCACACGUAAACUGGCAUGGCGGAAGCACGUGUCCAGCGUGCACGGUCGCGCGAGGGAGACGUGCCAAUAUUGUAACAAGACUUAUGCCAACAAAGAUGUUCUAAAGGCGCAUAUAAACCUCCGCCAUCCAAUAGAGGGCACCACAGCACCAAUAGUCAAGUCCCACGUGUGUCAAGAUUGCGGGAAAGCGUUCAAGAGUCCUUCGUUACUCAAGAUACACAGUGUCAAGCAUUCGCCCAACAAGGACUACUAUUGUGUCGAGUGUGACAAGAGUUUCAAAUCGGCGACAAUACUGAAACAUCACUUGAAAACUGCCUCAGUACACGUCAAUUACGUUGAUUUACCUUUGGCGUGCGAGCACUGUGGCAAGCGGUUCGCGAUACGACGCGACUUGGAGCAACACAUCAACAGAGUCCAUCUCAAUAUAAAACCAUUCCAGUGCGACCGCUGCGAAAAGGCGUACGUGAACGUGUGGUCUCUGAACGAGCACCGGCGAUUAGUGCACGAGGGCUUCAAGCGACCGCUGAAGUACCCCUGCUCCAUGUGCGACAAAGUAUUUGAUCGUAACCAGAUCCUCAAAGGCCAUAUUCGGACCCACACCGGCGAGCGGCCCUACCAGUGCAGCCGCUGCCCCGCGCAGUUCACGCAGGCCAGCAUACUCGGCACACACGUCAAACUGAUACACCUCAAGCUGACUAGAGACGGCAGACCUAAGGCUUUAGCUAGCAAAUAAUACAAUCUAUAGUUCGUUUUUGAAGUGAAAACAUCUUUAGCGGCGCUGAGCACUUUUAGUUAUGGGGAAAAAAUGUUAAAUUCGCGACAGGUCACGUGACCGACAGAUUGAAAAAUUCGUAAGACGGACAGGUGACCUGAUCGAAAAACGGUUACAAUGUCAUUGAGUUUUCACUUCCGCCGGCACUCCCCGAGUGCAACCCGUUGUUUUUUUAGCAUUAUAAAUAACGUAAACAAUCUUGAUGUGUCUUUUAACUGAAAACAAUUAUGAAUCUAAUACAAUCAUUUAUAUUCUCUGCUUUCUUAAGUAUUAGUUACUGAUUUUUAAAAACCGUUUUUCAAUUAAGACAUGUCAAGAUCGCUUACCUUCUUUCUAAUGCUAAACCGGAUACUUAUGGAUCUAAUAAUGCCCCUGUAAUCAAAAAAGUAAAAAACCAACAUGGUUUUUGAAAAAUCGAUAUUUUAUUGCUAGGCAGUCUAGGGACAUGAAAUUAGUUUUCUAAAAGGUGAUUCACCCUUUUAUCGAACAAAGUAGAAUUUAAACUAUCUUGAAAAUGUAACAUAGAACCCUGUAAUAUUGGGGCAGCAAUAUGUUUCCGAUUCAGGCGACAAGAUGGCAGACCCUCCAAUGCGCACGGUCCUAUACUGGGGAUCCAUGUCACGCUUAUACAAGUGACCCGAUAAGCCCGUUUAAAAAUCAACUUUACCAUCCUAUUUAUUUGGUUCAAAUUCAUGUAGCAGCUUAUUCGGUAAAAACUAUAAAACCUUAUCAAAGCAAUAGGCAGCACAGAACAAGUUAGAAUGGCGAUGCGAGCAGGCUGCGUGUCGCCGCCGGUUUAGAGCAAACGCUCGCAUGCUACUCGCCCGCGCUGACCGAAAACGAAGUAAACAUGCCUUUUUGCGCCACAAUAACCUUCAGAUUAAGAAGCCAGACAUCAAAUCUGUCUAAAUAAGGCGUAUCCAUUCACCAAGCACACAAGGCGCUAGUUAGUUUUUACUACCGUAAAUGCGCGAGUGUUAGUAAAUGUGGAGAGGAACGAGCGGCGACGCCGGUUCCGAUACUAACUGCGCGCGAUAGCCAUUCUAACCUCUUUAAUAUGUUCUGUGAUAGGCAGACAAACGUUGCCUAGUCUCGUCAUUAAUUUACUAAGAAAUCGAUCUGAAAAGAAUAGUUGUAUUUAUAAUUAUUUAAUUUUAAGCAUGUGCCAGACAGCAGACAACCAGUUUCUGCAACAUGACCUUGGUAGAAAAACAGUGGUUUUAAGCCAUGUAGCAAGUGGUUGAAACCAAAUUCUGCGUGACCUUUAACCUUUUCGACGCCGUGUCAAACCCAAAAGCUGUCACGCUGACGCCACGAAGUGUCACAACUGAAAUUGAACUUGUAUAUGCACGUAGGUCUAUGUUUGUGGUCUGUGACCGAUUAAUCGGUCUUUGGCGUUGAACCUACGGUGCGGAUAUAUCGGUCAUUGGCGUCCAAAAGGUUAAACGCCCUUGGUAGACAGGUGUGCUCUGCCAACCAAUGGCAGAUGGGCUUGUUGUAAACCAUGUAGACAGCCGCGCUUAUACCAAGGGCAUGUUGCAGAUACUGUGGUUGGCUGCCGUCUAGCACAUGCUUUAUUUUUAAACGUGUAAUAGGCGAACUGCCGGCCUAGCCAAGGUUACAAUCGCUAUCGCUUCGACAACGAAAAGCAUUAUGUGUCUCUAUCACUCUUCCAUAUUGGUGCGACAGUGACAGUUGCGUUUCGAUCGCUAUGGAGCGUAAGCGAUCGGCAUCUUGGCUACGCGGCCUGAUUAUAAUAAGUUAGUUUUAGUCCCAAAAUGCCAUAAUAUUGUUAAUACAUUUUGUUUUAAUUGAAA